GCUUGCUGACUGUAUUAGAAAAAGUCCGUGAUUUUGUUAUAGUCGUUCUGCCUCGCUCAUUAUGUGUGCGUAAUAUCUACAUCAUUAGUAUUAUCAUUUAAUGACCUUUGUUCUCAACAACAAUUGCAAUAACUGAAUCAAGUUGAAAAGGCAUCGAGUUUUUGUAACAAACCACACAGUUAUCGAUCCCAUUCCUUACCAUUCGCGUCGGCGUAUCGGCUCUCUGAAAUAAUUCAGAAUGACAUUGACGUUUCACGAGUUAUUCUAGGCAUUUAGAAGAUACAAGAACAAAAUAAUCAUGAGUUGAUAGUUCAACAAAGAAAAACAAUAAAGAAUUAGUUUUACUGUCGGUACAAUUAUUGAAUUGUGAGUUUGUUCGUUAAUAAACGGUCCGAAGAUGAGAACAAAAAAUUGUGAAAGUGCUGCGUUUGUGUUACUGCUUAUGGUUAAUAUUUUUUUAAACUGUCGCGGAAAUGACGUAUUUUGGUACCAGCCGGAACAGGUGCAUCUCGCUUAUGGAGACACUCCAUACGAUUAUGUAGUUACUUGGUCUACAUUUAACGACACCCAUCUAUCAACUGUAAAAUACGGAAUCAACGGAUUGAUACUAACUGCUCAAGGAUCGGCAACUAAAUUUGUGGAUGGAGGAAGACAAAAGCACACUCAGUACAUUCACAAAGUCGUAUUGAAAAAUUUAACUGCGGACAGCCGAUAUUUGUACCAUUGUGGAAGCCGAUUGGGCUGGUCGGAUCUGUUUUGGUUCAAAACGCCACCCCCAGAAGAAAAUUGGCAACCAACUAUAGCCUUGUUUGGGGAUAUGGGCAACGAAAAUGCCCAGUCUUUGAGUCGACUGCAAGACGAGACCCAACGAGGUAUGUACGACGCCAUACUUCACGUUGGAGACUUUGCUUAUGACAUGGACUCUCAGAAUGCCCUAAUUGGAGACCAGUUUAUGCGCCAGAUAGAACCAGUAGCAGCAUACGUACCUUAUAUGACAUGCCCAGGAAAUCACGAAGAAAGGUAUAACUUUAGUAACUACCGCUACCGAUUUAACAUGCCAGGAAGUCCCGACAAUAUAAUGUAUAGUUUUAAUAUGGGCCCAGUACAUUUCAUAUCUAUUUCGACUGAAGUGUACUAUUUCCUCAAUUAUGGAAUAAAACCGAUGGUGUUCCAGUACGAGUGGUUAGAGAAUGAUCUAAUUGAAGCGACUAAACCCAAGAAUCGUAAAAGACGACCUUGGAUAGUGGUCAUAGGUCAUAGGCCCAUGUAUUGCAGCAACGACGACACUGAUGACUGCACUUACUAUGGGACCAUGACGAGAAUAGGUUUACCAUUUUUUCAUAUGUUUGCAUUAGAAAAGCUUCUGUUUCGGUAUGGUGUUGAUGUGGAGAUAUGGGCUCACGAACAUUCCUACGAACGAUUGUGGCCCAUUUAUGACUAUAAUGUGUACAAUGGUAGUUAUGAAUGGCCGUAUGUGAAUCCUGGUGCUCCUGUUCACAUUGUUACUGGGUCCGCUGGUUGUCGCGAAGGAACGGACAGAUUCAAGAGGAAAAGACCUGCUUGGUCCGCUUUCCAAAGUAGUGACUAUGGGUAUACAAGACUGAAGGCUUUCAAUGGAACCCAUUUGUAUUUUGAACAAGUUUCCACAGAUAAAAUGGGUGCCGUUAUUGAUUCGUUUUGGUUGGUGAAACAUUACCAUGGACUCUACCGUCAAAAAAAUAGAAGUGAUAUUAAAUCUAAUUUGAAUCUCGUAUAAACAAAAACUAAUUUUGGUGAAGAAUAUUCAUAAAUUAAAUUUAGAAUUUANU